AUGGAAGUUAAAAACUUCAUUACUGAUUGCAAGAAUACUGAAAUAAUGGUGAGUCAGAUAUACAAGGAUAAGGAAACUCUUGUUUCAGUAAUGGCUAGACACGCAAUAGCGAAUGGAUUCAACACAAAAACGAAACGAUCCGACAAAAAAGGAUAUGAUUUCAAUUGGAGUUAUCUUUAUUGUGUUUAUGAUUCAGGACGGAGGUACAUUGUAGAUAUUGAGUGUGGCACGUGCAAUUGUGGCCGAUAUCAAAUUGAUGAAAUACCUUGUCCACAUAGAAUUGCCGCAUUAAAAAGUAAAAAUGUGGAUGUAAAGGAUUAUGGUCGCUAUUUCUCUGAAUUGUAUAGGCCACAAACCAUAGUGAAGACAUAUGAACUCCCGGUAGUUUCAAUGCCAUACAAAAAGGAUUGGAAUGUUUCAUGUUUUGUUGAUGAUGAAGAAGUUUUGCCACCCAAAUAUCGAAGACCUCCUGGUAGGUCAAAAAAAGGAAGGCAUCUGAAAUCAAGUGAAUCAUUGUCUUCAAAUUCAAACCGCUGCGGUAAAUGCGGAAGAGCCGGUCACAAUCCUAGGACUUGUGGUUUCUUUCCAAAGGAAUCAUGA